UUUGAGUAAGUCGAGGAUACGCUGACAAGAUCUGGAUGAACUAUAAAACUGACGUAGAGUGGAUUUUCAUCAGUUAAUGAAAUCAACUACAACAGACAAUCAGUAUUUGCUCAUCUUUAUAUUCUUCAACUUUUAACGAUGCCUGCUUAUUCAAAACCAAAGACUGGACGUAUUAUGGAUUCUGGUCGUUCAACCUUGGGAAGAGUGUUUUGCGUAACAGGGAUGCAGAGCCAGUCUCAUGAGCACGUGCAGUCUGCAACGCCAAGUUUGAUGGGUUCAGAAUGUGGAUCGACAAAUUUCAUUGGCCAGUGUGAUACUGAUUCCAAUACGUCGGGUUAUCUAUCAUCUUCGUCUUUUGAAUCAUCAGGGGAGGAGAAACGCUUGCUACCGAAUGAGCAGAAGGUCUUCAACGUUUGGACAAAAUGGGGACAGCAGGUCCAUAUUCCAAAAAGUUCGACGCCCAAACAAGGCUCUGAAUCUAUAGCAUAUAGAAAAUUGGCUAAACGUGUAAACAUGACAAACGAAAGUGGUAAAAACGUUUUGUGUAUUAAGAAAAACUUUCAGUCAAAUACAAACGAACCAGAGGUUUUUGAUUCAUUUUGGGAUAUCCAGACCCCACAAAGAGUACAAAGGAGUAGCUCAGAAGGUGAUGUGAAUAACAUGGAUAAGAAAACUAAUGACGAUUGGAAGCGGAAGUCAGUUCAAGCUCCAAUAACGCAUGACGCCGGUCAGGAAAUAGUCAAGAAUAAUAAACUUACCAAAUCACAGGACUGGAAGCGAAAACCAUUUCUCACCCUGUCAGAUUCUCAGUUGGAUUUAAGACUAUGUGCUCCAAAUCAUAAUGCAACACGCAAGUCAUCAGCUUAUAGCGCACUGCCAAGAUACCGCGUUAAGGUGGACGCAGAUCCUGUUGUUACUAAAAAUAAACUUGUUCAGCAGCUUACAAAAUCAUGUGCGGAUUUCGUUGACGAAGGAGUACCUGUCGAUGAAUCAAUGAGUGAAUUUUUAUCGAAUGUGGACAGAGAAAAUCUCGCCAGCUUCUUGAACUUUUAUGACAAAGUAACAAACAGCAGUGCUUCAUAUGAAAAAGCUAGAAGAAAUCCAAAUAACUACGAAGCUGUUUACUAUUGAUAGCUGAAUGUUGAUUUAUAGCCAAAAUAGUGCAAUUGAGUGAUAAAAUGUCUUUGUAUUGCUGUAUGCACAAGAUGUUUCACGUUGUUUUUGUUUGUAUAAUAAAUGAUAACAUUUAAAACGUA